AUGACGGUUGUGUUAAUGUGGAUCAUUUGUGUACUAAUGGAAUUGUUUGUUCCAAUUAGUUGCUAUAAGUGUGAUUUUGAAGACAACUCCUGUCUUUGGUUAACGGCUAAUUCAAAAGGAUUUCUAAUAGAAAAAGCUCAAGAUGGUAGACAACGGGGAUUUCCAUCAACAGAUGUAACAGAAGGCACUGAAGAAGUCCUACUAUUUCUCACUCAGUUACAACAAAAGAUUGCACGGAACAUUGACGGCUUGAAAAUUAACACACCAACCAAUGCCGACGUACAGGUCACAAACCCAGAUUCACCUAACACACCACGAGAAUCGACAAUACAGGUUAAUAAAGUCAACAAAGCGAAACAUUUUUUACAGGAUCUACCUAAAUUACCAUCGCAUUAUUGUCGUUCUACGUCUAAGAAGAGUUACCUAGAACCAAUAUUUACCACCUUCUCUGAGCUGUUCAAAGUGUAUGUUGAUGAUUGCAAGCAAGAAAAUAAGCCAUUUUUACGUCGAAAGGCGUUCCGUUCCCUAUUUGAUGACAUGAGUCUGGCAAUACAUCGUCCUAAAAAAGAUAAGUGCGAUAUAUGUUCUGGUUUUGAAGUGGGUAACAUUUCAGAAGAGGAAUACAACCUUCAUAUUGCCCGCAAAAUAGAUGCCCGAAAUGAGAAGAUUCGUGAUAAGCUUCGGGCUGAACUGAUGGCUCAGUUAAAGUCGUUUCUUUAG